AUGACCCCAGGUCUCUCGCGCACGCAAUUCACCGCAAUGUGGUGCUCACCCAUCAACGCGCGCGCCACGCGCGCCUGGGCAUACUGGAUCCUCAUGGUCACUGCCACCGCCGCCGCGUUCGUCAACGUCGCUUUCCUUCCGCUGUACGGCACUGACCAGGGUCCCGACGGCAUCGGCUCGCGUAUCGGGCGUGAGUGGUUCUCAGUUCCGUGGAUGCUUAGUAUCCCCUCUCCCCACCCCAUUCCUCUCUUCCUCCUCGGCCCUCCCUUCGCGCCUACGCUCCGCCUUGACCUCACAUCUACCCGCCGCGCCUCACUGCCCGCAUCCGCUGGCCAGACACGGCCCAUGCGCGGCCCCAUCAUCGCGCAGCUCCCGUGGAACCUCGUGAUCAUCGGCUACACCAUCGCCUUCCUCGUUGUCCGUGGCAAAUGGGCUCACGGACGGACAUUCACCUCCCUUGGCGCCGACUAUCUCAUCCUAUCGGCGCUCUCCGCUUAUGGUCUCGGGACCAACAUCGCGAAGUCGGCGCUUUCACACUACGAGUUCUUCUCCAAGCCGCUUGAAGGAGAUACAGUGACGCGCUUGGCCUGGAACAUGGGAGCCGCCUCCUUUGUACUGAAUUGGGCCGCCGCGGUUAUCUUGAUCUUCACUCUCGCUUUCGAAUUCCUUUGGACUACUCGCGCGAGGCGUGUUGGUUUCGCCGCUCCUCUGAGAAGACCAUUCGCUUACGAACCUCCCGUCCGGGCACAAAACUUUACAGUCGACGAGCACGAGGAGAAGGUGGAAGAGGUCGCGCUCGUCACGCCGCUUGACAAGGCCGAAGGCUCAACAUCGCGGCUACAGUCCAGAAACUCUCCGACAAGCCCCUCCACUGCUCCCACCCACUCCCAACUUGAACCUGACCCAAGCUCAUCGACAAGAGCGUCUGCCACUGCCCAGCCCGAAGAGCAUCACGAGGAUCUGCCGGGUUACUUUGAGGGCAACUCGACCGCUGCCGCCUACUAUGCCGCAGCGGCCGCGUAUAUCGCAGCGGCGGAGAUGGCCGCCAGCGGCAGAACCAAUACGUUCACCGCAAGCGCUUCGGACAUCACGGGGCAGCACAGCGAGCAGUCCCUCGCAGUGACAGAGAGAGAUAGAGACGCGCCGAUCGACGUCUCGAGCAUUGGGCACAGCCAUAAACGCCCAUCUACGGCCUCCGGCUAUCCACCCGCCGACCCUCCCUCCCCGACUAGGCUGGAGCGCGACCCCGCCCGCGCAGUCCGCCGCCUCUCGUCUCCUCUCGAAACACUCAAGCGCGACACGCUCGCGCUCCUCCGCUCUCAGUCCACCGAGACACGACCCCUCCCCACGCCUCCUAAAGCGCCCCCGUCCAACACGCCGAGCGCCACCUCGCACCCAGAUCAACCCCUGCCACCCCCAACCCUCUCCACCCUCUCCACCACUCUCUCCACCUUCCCGUCGCUUCCGACUACCCCGAGAACAUCCCUCUUCAACCCACCCCAUCCCCUUCCGCCCCUCCCGCCUGCUGCGGCCCAGGCCGCCGCUGCCGCACGUGCGAGAGCCGAACCCAGCAAUAGCGAUGAGCUUCGCGCGUGGAAGCAAGCUGUGCUCGAUGCCCUGGAGCGUGAGGGCAGCGACGUGCCGCAGUGGAAGCGCGAUAUGCUUGACGCGCUCGAGCGCGAUCCGCCACGGCCAGAAGUCCCGCAUGUCACACAAGUGGAGCGGCGGCCGGAAGCAAGAGGGCCGCUAACGGAUGAGAGAGACACGGUAGAGAUGGGGAACGUUAGAGAGAACUCCACGGCGUAGACGCACUCACGGCAUGUCGAUCUAGUCACCAGGUGUACUAUACAGAUGCAUACAACAAUUGUACAGC